AUGAGUGACAACGCCCCCCUUCUUGACCCAGACCGAGAUCCCAGUGAUAUCCGAUACGAGAACCAGCACCAGCACCAGCAUGAAGCCCCGCUGGUAAACUGGAAACCGGCCUGCCAUCAAGCCCGAGCGGCGUUGUCGCGCUUCAUGGGCUCGCGCGCCAAACACUGGCUCGUCUUGGUCCUCGUCGUGCUCGACGUCGCGGGCAUCUUGAGCGAUAUAUUCAUCGCGUUGAUCACGUGCGAGAUCGGCGUGGAGCACGACGCGUGGGUGGCGCCGACGAGGAACGCGCUGACGGUCUUGUCGCUGAGCUUGAGCUGCGUAUUUCUGCUGGAGCUGGUGCUGGAGCUGGUUGUCGGCGGUUGGCGGUACUUCUCGAGCAAGCUGCACUGCUUCGACGCAUUCGUCAUCGUCGUGGGCUUCGCGGUCGACCUGCUCGAGCACAACACGGCGGGGGAGAUCGCGUCCCUGAUCGUCGUGUUGAGGCUGUGGCGCCUCGUCAAGAUUGUGGACGAGUUCUCCGUCGAGGCGUCGGAGCAGACGGAGGAGCUGCGCGCGCGUUCGGGAGCUGGAGGCGCUCAAUGCGGUGCUGGAGGCGAGGCUCGAGCUGGUUUAGAUGGUGUGCGCCGGGAACUUUGUUUUUCGUUAUAG